AUGGCAACGCCUCUCUGUGGAUAUUUGUUAUUUUCUCGAAGUGAACUGGCCACGAUGUUGUCGGCGGCGGAUAUCAAAAAGCUGGAAGCGGAAUGCCUGGAGAAAAUCCAGGGCGACGAGCUGUACCAGCUGCGGAACGAUGCCAAGUUGAGGGCGGUCUAUGCAGCGAAGAACUACGAUGAGUUUAGGGAUAUUGUCGAUGCAGCACAUUUGAACCCGCUGAGCUCGCAGGACAAAAGAAAUGCGCAAACUAAGCAACGAUUGUGGAACUCAGUUUCGAAAGCAUAGACAGUGCGCUUGUAUGAAGUUUAAAUAAAAUUUAUGCAAUUCA